AUGGGACGAACACUACCGAUCCCGGUGUACUGCCGGGUGUGUGGUGAUAAGUCGUUUGGAAAACACUACGGCGUUUACUGCUGCGAUGGUUGCUCUUGUUUCUUCAAGCGGAGUGUCAGGCGGAGGAUUGUAUAUACGUGUAUUGCCGGCACGGGUCAAUGUAUUGUGGACAAGGCGAGAAGAAAUUGGUGCCCAUUUUGUAGACUUCAAAAGUGUAUGAGGGUCAACAUGAAUGUGUCUGCCGUUCAAGACGAACGAGGUCCGAGAAAGUCCAAGUUGCCUAAAAUAACUGAAAUCAACACCGUUGAGCCAAAAAACUGGAAGACAAGAAGUAAGAUGUAUAAGUUAAUGAUUCCGUUUGUUACAUCAACUCCAUGA